CCCUCUACAGGGACGUCAUGCAGGAGAACUACGAGACAGUGACCUCGCUGGGAUUCCCCCUUGCCAAACCUGAGCUGAUUGUCCGGCUGGAACGAGGGGAAGAGCCUUGGUUGCCUGAUGUCCAGGCCUGCGAGGAAAGAAGGCUUCCGAGAUGCCCCCAUACAGGUGGUGACACUGAACCAGAAACUCCCACAGAAGAGGUUAGAAAAGUGGAUGGCACUGGAUCUCACGACAGCAAAAAUAAACCCACAGAGGUCGCAGCAAUGGAAGAAGAGGCGUAUAUAGGGCAAGAUGGUUCAAACAAUACAAGUGAUGCUGAUGACCAUUUUGAUGACAUGCUUAUGGAGGAGGUAGAAGACAAGCAAUGGAUUCUGAAAGAUGCCGGUGACCUUCGAGAAGGUGGCUGUGUAUUUCACCCAGGGGCA